GUUAAAGAAAUAACAAAAGAGAUGAGACUCUUUUGUGUGAAGCAGGUGAGUUUGUAAAAUCAGCCUGUGCGAUGCGUUAAAGUGCAAUUCACUGUAUAUGCACUGGUGUCAGUGAUGUUUCUUCACUUUUACUGCUUGGUGGUUUUUAGCUAUGGUGAAACAUUUAAACAGCAGCCAUCGUGUACCAAAAAGAUGAUUUUUAAACUAAGAUAUUGGAUAUUUGGUGAGUGUUAAUUAUUGGUCGUCAACCAGACUACAAGCCAGACUGUUAUAGUUCAACUUGUGAAAAUGUAAAUCAUUUAGAAAAUCCCAUUUUUAACAAAACAAAUGAACUCUUUUACAAUCCAAAAUGCAGCUCUGAACCAGUGUGUGAGCCUGCCACACACUUUGCUGAAGGUUGCAGAGAAGUCAGUGAUGGGAAUUUUUUUCUCUCUUUGUGACACACUGACAGAGAUUCAAACCAACAACUAACUAACUUUUACUUUUCACCACAUCAGAUUUGUCUAUGCUCUUUUGUUAAGACUGCUGCUGAUGACAACUUUGCAAAUAUAAACCUUAAUACAAACCUCAGAUAUUCCUGCAGCUUAGUUUUCUAUCCUCUCAUUUAAAAUAUUCCAAUUCUUAUAUUACAGUCCACUGGAAACACUUCAUCGUUGUAAAAGUAACUAGUUUUUAUGUGAUCUUUGUGGCGAAUUGUGGGUAUUUUUGGUCAGUUAUAAUUUAUUCUGGCAGUUGUUAUGGUCACAUGAGCAUAUUGCUUAGUGUAAUGCUGCAGUGCUGUUUUAGAUUAAUGAUACCCCCUCCAAAAAAUACUGCUAAAUAGCUCUCCAUAUUAGUCUAAUGAGUAAAACACUAAGAAACAGGUGUGGCUGAAGAGUUAUAUUUUAGACAAAAUACUAACUUCUGAAUCCCAAAAUUCAAAAUAAUGCAUAAAAUAUACUAAUAAUUGAGCUGUAAUUUAAUAAUAAAAAACAAAACAAAACAACAACAAUACUUUAUUUAGUUAGUGCCUGUUUUCGGACAAUCUCACGGCGCAAACUCAAUAUUGCAAUUCCGCCUUUGCACAGCAGAUGGUGCUAGUCGCCUUAAAGACACCUGUAGAGGAGUACGGUAUGAUGGGAGACUUCUAGAUCUUUUCGUCGUUAUUUAGUCUUUUGUUAAAGUGUUUUUGAAUCCAGUCUUUCGAAACGUUUCUGUGACUUUUGAAAAUAUAUUUUAUAUACUUUAUGUGAAUGUCUUUACUGAUUUGUUUUGAUUUCUUCCUUCAGAGGGACUUCGUGCAUCACAGCCCCUUCCUGUAAUGUGAAAUAAGCACGUCCCUCCUGGUUACUCCAGUUUUAAAAUGAUAUUAGCAGAUACUGGAAAUGCUGUUGGGUCAUUGUGUCAGUCGUAACAGAAGUUUCAUAUUUUAUUUUAAGGGACCAGGACAUGAAGUGAUAAUAUAAAAGAAGUUAUUAUGAUUUCUACAAAACAGUUUGCAUUAUCUUUGUACAAUAAUAUGGUAUUUAUGUAAUGUGUCCUAUGGCUUUUUGGGUCACGGGUGCAUGGCUUGGUUUUGUGUGCUAGUGCUGAAAUCUGAUUCAAUACUGCAAUCAUCAGAGCUUAGACAUCUUCACUCUGUUUGUGCAAAACACCGUUGUUUUUUUAUUUUAAGAAAAAAAUCCCAUCUGCACAUUCACAACAGUGUAACUGCACUAGGAAAUAAAUAUGAUCUGAAGAAAACUCCAGCUUUCACAGUGGUUAGUAUUUUUGCCUUACAGCAAGAAGGUCAGCGGUUUGAUCCCUGUGGUAACUGAUGGUCUCUUGAAUGGAGUAGUCACGUUCUCCCAUACAACUAUUAGAGUUCUCCAAACAAACAACCAAGACAUAAGAUAAUGGUUUAGUUUUUUCAUAUUUUCUGUUGAAGUCCUUUUAAACAAAAUAUCAAUCUUCCCAGGAGGAUUAACAAAAUAACUUUGGAUUUGAACAUACGUCUGAGCGUUCCUAUUUGGCAAUAAUUCGCUGCAUCGAUUGUUUUUUGGCCUAUGAUAAGAGCGCACUUAAAUUAUUACGGUAAUUACAGAUAAUCUGUCCAUUUUACCGUUAGCGUAUUAAAAGAAACACGCAAUAUUUGCAGGUAAGAAGGACGGAGAGAUAGUGGAGCAAAGGGUGGGAAGAGUGAAAUAACGAAUGAAAGAAAGAACUCAUGAAAGAAAAAAGAAAGAAAGACGGAAAGUUUGUAAGGUCCAUGCACUUCCUCGUUAAACCCCGCCCAGUCCGGGGCGUGAUCCGCUGACCCGCUGCUCUCUCCCCUCCCUCUCUCCUCCCUCUCUCCACCUCUCUCUCCUCCUGUAACAGUAUUCACUGGCUGUCACAGCAGCAGGAGGAAACCCCUCUCUUCUCCUCCUACUUCCACUACUCUGUUUAAAACUAUAAACAUAAGCGCAGACAUGGACCUGGAUCUAGACCUUGACCUGGACUUAGAAACCUGGACCUGGACCUGCUGCAGCCACUGAAGAUGAUGGACCUGGUGGCUCUAUAUCUCAGCUGCUGCUGUGCGUAAAAGCCGGCACUGACGCUUUACACAGGCAGAUAGAUAAGGGGGAGAGAGGAGGAAAGGAGGAGCAGGUGGUGUUAUUAUUAUUAUUAUUAGUAGUCUUAGUAUCGACGGCUCUCCUGCUGACGGAGGCUCCAGUGUGGAGGGCAAGAAAGAGAAGGAGAGAGACAUAAGGAGGAAGCGCGAGCGCGCACACAGUCGUGACAGCUGAGGCCGUUUCAGGAUAUAGAGCAAGUGAGAGGAGAAGACCUGCUCCUCCUGCUCCUCCUGCUCCUGCUGCUCCUGCUGCUCCUCCUGCUCCUGCUGCUCCCUGAUGGCGAGUGACUCUCCCGCUCGGAGUCUGGACGAGAUCGACCUGUCCGCUCUGAGGGAUCCUGCUGGGAUCUUUGAGUUGGUGGAACUGGUAGGAAAUGGCACCUAUGGACAAGUCUAUAAGGGUCGUCAUGUUAAGACUGGGCAGUUGGCGGCCAUCAAGGUCAUGGAUGUCACUGGGGAUGAGGAAGAGGAGAUUAAAGCAGAAAUUAACAUGCUGAAGAAGUACAGUCACCACCGGAACAUCGCCACCUACUACGGAGCCUUCAUCAAGAAAAAUCCUCCUGGCAUCGACGACCAGCUCUGGCUGGUCAUGGAGUUCUGUGGAGCCGGCUCAGUGACGGACUUGAUCAAGAACACGAAGGGAAAUUCUCUGAAAGAGGAGUGGACAGCGUACAUCUGCAGAGAGAUUCUCAGGGGUCUGACUCAUCUCCAUCAGCACAAGGUCAUCCACCGAGACAUCAAGGGACAGAAUGUCCUGCUGACGGAGAACGCGGAAGUCAAACUAGUGGACUUUGGUGUUUCGGCCCAGUUGGACCGGACAGUUGGUCGGAGAAACACAUUUAUCGGGACACCUUAUUGGAUGGCACCGGAGGUCAUCGCAUGUGACGAGAACCCUGAUGCCACAUAUGAUUUCAAGAGUGAUUUAUGGUCCCUGGGAAUCACGGCGAUCGAGAUGGCUGAAGGUGCACCACCUCUGUGUGACAUGCACCCGAUGAGAGCGCUCUUCCUCAUCCCACGCAACCCAGCACCGAGGCUCAAGUCCAAAAAGUGGUCAAAGAAGUUCCAGUCAUUCAUAGAGAGCUGUCUGGUGAAGAGCCACAGUCAGAGACCCAGCACUGAGCAGCUGCUCAAACACCCCUUCAUCAGAGACCUGCCCAACGAGAGGCAGAUCCGCAUCCAGCUCAAAGACCACAUCGACCGCACCAAGAAGAAGAGAGGAGAGAGGGAUGAGACGGAGUACGAGUACAGCGGCAGCGAGGAGGAGGAUGAAGAAAGAGAGAUGGGUGAACCCAGCUCCAUCAUCAACAUCCCCGGUGAGUCCACACUCAGACGGGACUUCCUGCGCCUGCAGCUGGCCAAUAAGGAGCGCUCGGAGGCGCAGAGGCGGCAACAGCUGGAGCAACAGCAGAAUGAAGAGCACAAGCGCCUGCUGCUGGCUGAGAGGCAGAAACGCAUUGAGGAGCAGAAGGAGCAGAGAAGGCGACUGGAGGAGCAGCAGCAGCGAGAACGUGAGCUGAGGAAACAGCACGAGAGGGAGCAGAGGAGGCGCUACGAGGAAAUGGAGCAGCUCCGCCGAGAGGAGGAGAGGAGGCAGGCGGAGAGAGAGCAGGAGUACAUUCGUAGACAGCUGGAGGAGGAGCAGAGGCAGUUAGAGAUUCUCCAGCAGCAGCUACUGCAGGAACAGGCUUUACUGCUGGAGUACAAACGAAAGCAGAUAGAGGAGCAGCGGCAGGCGGAGCGGCUUCAGAGGCAACUCCAGCAGGAGAGAGCCUAACUGGUGUCUCUGCAGCAGCAGCAGCAGCAACAGCAACAGCAGCAGCAGGAGGGAAGACAAGCAGAGAAGAAGCAGCUCUAUCACUACAAAGAUGUCAUCAAUCCCAAUGACAAGCCUGCCUGGGCUAAAGAGGUGGAGGAGCGAUCUAAGCUGAACAGACAGAGCUCCCCAGCACUGCAGCACAAAGUGUCCAACCGCAUCUCCGACCCUUCCCUCCCUCCCCGCUCCGAGUCCUUCAGCAGCGGUGGCAUGCAGCCUGCGCCAACCCCACCCAUUCACCGCUCCAUUGAGCCACAGAUGGCUCACCUGGUUCCAGUGAAAACCCACUCUGGCUCCAUGUCCGGUUCCCAGUCCCUGCAGGACCAAACGGGCACAGUCCUCAGUGAAGGGAUUGGAAUGGUGUCUCAAAGACCAGAUAUGCCGCGGCAGAACUCUGACCCCACUUCUGAUACCCCUGGUCCACAGCUGCGCGUCACCAGCAGAGAGGAACGAGAUCGCGAUCGAGACAGGGACCGAGAUCGAGACAGGACGGCGUGGUUGAGAGAAGAAGAAUUUCCACCGAAGAUUCCACAAAGGACCACAUCCAUUUCUCCAGCUCUAGUGCGGAAGAAUUCUCCCAACGGAGGAGUUGGUCUGGGUCCACGCACUGGUUCUCAGCUCAUACGGGCCAGUAAUCCAGACCUGAGGCGCUCGGAGCUUUCUCUGGAAGCCAUGCUACAAAGAACCUCCUCCAACUCCUCCUCUUCCUCCUCACCUUCAUCUCAGGGAGGAUCAUCAGAAAGGAGAGGUCAAAGCAUGCUGGGAGAUUCCCCACCAGGAGCCAAUCAGGAGUCUAGGUCCAAACAGGAGGAUGACCGUGAAUCAGCCCGACCCAGCAGACCUGCUGACCUGAGUGCUUUGGCAAAGGAGCUGAGGGAGCUGAGGGUGGAGGAAGGCAGCAGACCUCCUGUCAAGGUGACAGACUACUCGUCUUCCAGUGAGGAGUCAGAGAGCAGCGAUGACGACGGGGAGACAGUAGGGCAUGAUGGGACAGUGGCUGUCAGUGACAUCCCUCGCAUCAUGCCUGCAGUUCAGAGCAGCAGUGAGUCGUACGGCGGCCUGACUGAGGGCUCCCUUGGAGAGGCGUACAGUAAUAGCUCCAAGGACAGCACUCUGGUAAUGAGAGAGGCGGAGGAGAGGAGGAGAGGAGGAGCUCACACCGAGAGUAACGGCUUUGGGAAUCACAGUCAUCACGGAAACCUCCCCGACCUGGUGCAGCAGAGCAACUCACCCUCGGCCACGCCCACCACAGCCCUGCAGGAACUGGGCGACAUGCCAGAGUUUGGACUGGGCGGCUCCAAAGCCUCCUUCACCCCAUUUGUUGAUCCACGUGUUUACCAAACGUCUCCAGGAGAAGACGAUGACGGUGAGAUCUCAGCAGCAGCCAACUUUGCCAAUGAGCUGCUGAGACAGGAGCAGGCGCGACUCAACGAGGCCAGAAAGAUCUCCGUGGUCAACGUCAACCCCACCAACAUCAGACCCCACAGCGACACGCCCGAGAUCCGCAAAUACAAGAAACGCUUCAACUCUGAGAUCCUGUGUGCUGCACUCUGGGGUGUGAAUCUGUUGGUAGGGACGGAGAACGGACUGAUGUUGCUCGACCGAAGUGGACAAGGAAAAGUUUACAACCUCAUCACCAGGAGGCGCUUCCUGCAGAUGGACGUGCUGGAGGGGCUCAACGUCUUAGUCACCAUAUCUGGAAAAAAGAACAAGUUACGUGUGUACUACCUGUCAUGGCUGAGGAACAGAAUACUACACAACGACCCUGAGGUGGAGAAGAAGCAGGGCUGGAUCACAGUGGGCGACCUGGAGGGCUGCGUGCAUUAUAAAGUGGUUAAAUACGAAAGGAUCAAAUUCCUGGUGAUCGCUCUGAAGAACUCUGUGGAAAUCUACGCCUGGGCUCCCAAACCCUACCACAAGUUCAUGGCCUUCAAGUCAUUCACUGAACUGCAGCAUCGACCUCAGCUGGUUGACCUGACGGUGGAGGAAGGACAAAGGUUAAAGGUCAUCUACGGCUCCAGUGUGGGGUUUCAUGUCAUUGACGUGGACUCAGGAAACCCCUAUGACAUCUAUAUUCCCUCACAUAUCCAGAGCCAGGUGACGCCUCACGCCAUCGUGGUGCUGCCCAAGACGGACGGGAUGGAAAUGCUGCUGUGCUACGAGGAUGAGGGCGUCUACGUCAACACCUACGGCCGCAUCACCAAGGAUGUCGUGUUGCAGUGGGGAGAAAUGCCGACCUCUGUUGCCUACAUCCAUUCCAACCAAAUUAUGGGCUGGGGUGAGAAAGCCAUAGAGAUCCGAUCAGUGGAGACGGGUCAUUUGGACGGAGUAUUUAUGCACAAGAGAGCACAAAGACUGAAGUUCCUCUGUGAGCGCAACGAUAAGGUCUUCUUUGCGUCGGUGCGUUCCGGAGGCAGCAGCCAGGUUUUCUUCAUGACCCUCAACAGAAACUCUAUGAUGAACUGGUGAUGAAACCUUCUGCCUCAGUGACUCACAGUGACCUUCGACCGCCUGAUGAGAGACUUUAAAAAAAUAGAAAAAAAAGAAGAAGUAGAGGCGUUUAAAAAAAGCGAUAAUCAUUGAGAAAACCAACAAAGAUCUCAGUAGAAACUGUUGGUUUGUACUGAAGCCAUCGUUACACAACUGACUGAUACUAGUGCCACUGACUGUCCCAAUACGUAUCUGUGUCUUUGUCUGUAUGUCUUGUCUCCUCUUGCUGCAAGUUGACUGGUGCGUUUGAAAAAAAUGUAAAAAAAAGAAAGAAAAUGACACUUUUUUUUCUCUUUUCUUGCACCUACUCCAGUCUUUUGACGCCAGUCUCGUCUGUAUUCCUGCAACACGAAUCUUUUCAGUGAGCUGAUAGGUCAGCUCUGGGUGGUGAUGUCAGCGGUGUUAGCAGAGACACUGUGAUUGAUUUUUCUGCCGCUCCUCCUCCAGCUCCACGUUAGUCUUAAAUGAGUCGUGUUUUCUCAGCCACAUCAACGUCACAGCGAUGCCGACGAUGAUGUAUAAACAUUUGAAUCAUUUCCCCUGCUUCGCUGUCCGUCGCCGUGCUCCUCCUCUGCCACUCUCUGAAGGUGCUGCAUCACAUUUACUGUAACUUCCCUGAAUGAACGCUGCGGUUCGUUCACUGGACUCUCCUUCUCUCUGCACCGUCUGACACUUGAAAAUCACUCUUUUUCUUUCUUAAAACUCGAACUAUACAGCAAACGUUUGUUUGUCUCUGAGGUCGGUAUGUUUGUGAUUGUGUGUUUGUGUGUGUGUGUUACUAAAUUAAACAAAAGGACAGAGAGGUUAAAAAACAGACAGGCAGAUAAAUGGUGUUUAAUUUAGAUUAAUUGGUGAUUAAUCAGACCAAAAUAUGAAUGCAUUUAAAAAACAUGGGCAGAAUGACGAGCAACGUACUGUUUAUCCAACAGUUCUAUGGUGUUGGGGAACCUUCAACUUUAGGUCAGAGGCCAGGCUUUAGUCAAACCCCCUCCACAAACUGACAGACAGAAAUGUCGAAUGGAUUGUGAGGAGGCUGUACGCAGAUCGACCUUGUUGAGGACCAUUGACCUGACUGUAGUUUUAAAAACAACUCUUCUCACGUCCUGCCAGUCCACGCUCACUGUAACGACUCAAAUCCACUAACGCUAUGAAGCCGAACUCUGAGUUUCACGUUUGCGUAAUUUUGUUUUGACAUUUUUCCACAUUUCUAAUUCCAUCAUUUGGAUUAGUCAGAAAUAAGAACAGGUGUGAAACCAAUAGCUCCACCUGCUGUUAUUGGCCUUUCUGUUCCAACAUUAUACAGAAAAAAGGAGUUUGGUGAUUUAUCUGGAUUAGUCAUGAUAUAUCACAUCAAAAUCAAUAUUAGUCCCGAUUAAUCGUGAUUAAUCUACCGUUACCAGUUGAUGAAUCAGAUUUGAGACAAUGAUAGCUGAACACCUCCUGGUUGUCUCAAAUUUUUCUCCAGUCCCAAAUUGAACCAAAAGUUUUUAAUCUUUCGACAACUGAUGUAAAUGUGCGCACUGAUGCUUUGAGAUACCUGAGGUCUUUAGACACCUGUGACUGGCCCCAGGAACAGGACAAAACUGUUCCUUUAAAUUCCGUGAUCUUUUGACCUGCUCCUCGUCCAGGAGUAUUCCAACAGAUCUCAAUGUUCAUUAUCAUUGUCACCAGGGUUCCUGAAUCUACUGGCUGAAAUGCAGCCCCAGACCAUCACAGAGCUUCCCUCACGAUUCACUGAAGGAUUGCAGAAGUGUUGCUUAAUUUUUUGUUUAUCACAAAAGACCACUUUGACACGGUGUUGUUGACCUGGGGCUCUAUUUUCCACCUCUGUUCGUACAGUUUCUUCAAAUUCACUGUG